GUAACAUUAGUAAUUAAUAAAAUGACUAUCAAGUUCUCCAGCCUGCUUAUCCUUCUCAUCGGGCUUAUCUCAAUUGCUUCGGCAGAAGAAGAUCACGGAGUGUUUGAUUCAUUAAGCGAGAUGCUUACAGAAGGCUUUUUGAAUAACGAUAACGCUGACGCUCCUAAAGUUGAAUUCCCAAGUGAAUUUACUAUGAGAGUAACUACAGACACAGCAAUCUAUAAUUCUUCUGUUAGCAUGAGAAUUGAUAGCCAGAAGAAUAGGAUUUGGGCAAAAGCUGAUUAUACUUCUCCUUUAUGGGGCGAUUAUGAAGCCUUCCAAAUGGCUUUAUUCCCAUCGACCAAAAUAGCUAGCUUGAAGAUAAAUGAUGAGUGUAGGUCUUCUGUUGUGAAAGAUAUUGGCUAUCUCUACCUUAACCUAAUCCUCAAAUCUUGGGGAUACUACACCAAAUAUGAUGGGCUAGAUGAUGAAGGACUACAUCAGUUUGAAUUUAUCAAAUCAGUACAAAAGACUAUGAAAAACGUGACUUUCCACUUUAAAGACAUGGGUCAGGGAAAACAUGUUCAAUUAGCUAAGAUUAAGCUCAAUCCUGCUGGCUUGGUUCUCACAGUAGCUGAUCCUCCAACAGAAGCCACAUUCCAGGACUCAGACUUUGCAUUUGGAGAAGUUGAAUGUGUUGAUGUACCAAAGGAAAAAGUUGCAGAAUUUAGGAAAGCACUGAACCAAAUACUAUCUUUCAUCACAGAUAUACUAAAUGAAGCUUACGAAGCAAUUGAGCAAUCCCUUGAAGAUAAAAGAAUACCGCAGAAUGUAAGGGAUAUGCUGAAGAGUAAGAUGGGUAGAACCUAUGGUUAGUGCU